AUGAACAAGUUUUCGAAAUUUAAUGAACUAUAUGAUAAUUAUAUUAAGAAACACAAUAAAACUGUUGAAAAUUUAUUAAAACUAAGCCCAAAAAGUAUAACUAAUUCAACAAAGCUUCCAAAAGUUGUUGUUGUGAGGCCUCAUCUGAAAACGGGAUUAGGAAAUCGAUUCCCUGGAAUAGUAUGUGGCUUUUUAUAUGCAAUGAUUACCGAUAGGUUAUUCUUUAUUCACGGAUAUGAACAAUUCGAAGAUUACUUUGAGAAAGAUUUUGAACAUGACUGGAAAAAAGUAGCAACAUUAUAUAAAAGGCGUAGUAGUAAAAGUUUGCAUAAUAUCUUAUACAAUGAUUUUUCUUUAAUAACUAGAGGAAAUCUUAAUAGUGAAGAAGUAAAUUCUUACGAUAUUUUAAAUGUUCAUACUUGGGAUUAUGCGUGUGCACCAAUAAUGUCGAAUCCUAAUCAUAAAGAAUGGAUCAAUGAAAUAAUACCUGAUUAUAAGGUUUUUACAGUAAUUAGUCAAAAAUUAUUAAGAUUAAAAUCUGAUAUUCAAAACCAAGUAGAAAAUUUUAUGACCAAUCAUUUUGGAGAGUAUAAUAUAGGAAUUCAUUUAAGAGUGAGGAAGUCUACCCGUAAAACAAAAGGUUGGAUAAUACCUAUUGAUCAUUAUUGUCGAGUAGUGGAAACGCUGUUGAUAGGAAUAAAAAAAAAAGUAUCAAUUUUUAUAGCAGCUGAUGAAAACAAAAGUCGAGAUACCUUAAUAAGUUAUAUUCAAAAUUCACUAAAUUCUGAACAACAAAGAUUGGUUAAAAUUGUUUAUGUUAAUAAUAAUAUGAGUAUAAAAAAUAAACAAACGCAUAAUCCUGGCACAGAACUAGGAGCACUUAUUGAUAUGAAGCUCCUUAGUCUUUGUGAUGAUCUGAUACUUACAUUUGGCUCAACAUUCGGAUUUGUUGCCGCAGGAUGGUCUUUUAGAUCAUUUCGUCGUUUAAGAG